UUCUCCCUGAGCUUCCUGUUUCAACCUCCACCUGAUCCGAAGGACUUCUCUGGAGAAACCGUCAUCCGGACUGGUUUCUGUCUGUCUCUUUCUCCCUUGGACCUCUUCUUCUUCUUGGUCUUUGCCGAUAUGACGUCGCUCUCUGGAAACCCAUUGAUUAAUAUAGGAAGGCUUUCUCGAAGCUCCGAUGGCCAAUCAACUGGCUUCCUACUCCCAUUUAUUUGGACGGGGACGUCCCACGCUCUCCCUCUGCGAAAUCGGCCUUCUUCUCUCGUUACCGCGCCCAUGUCCGUGUGCUUCGGUGCUCCAAGAUGCUCGGAAAAAAGAAGCGGACGUUCAUCGUCGCCCUAAUCUUCGGGGCUUUGUUCCUCUCCGUCCAGGCGCAGAUCACGGAUCCAUCGGAAGUGUCUGCCUUGCGAGCAAUCAAGAAAAGCUUGGUUGACCCUCUUGGAAAACUAAAGAACUGGGGUAGCGGGGAUCCAUGCAAACCAAACUGGAAUGGAAUUUUUUGCUUCAACUCAACCUCAAGCGACGGAUAUCUCCAUGUUCGUGAAGUGCAACUCCUCAGGAUGAACCUAUCUGGAACGUUAGCUUCAGAGGUUGGUCAGCUGUCCCAUAUGCAAAUAUUCGACGUUAUGUGGAAUAACAUAGCUGGUACCAUACCAAAGGAAAUCGGAAGCAUAACGACACUGAAGCUUCUGCUUUUGAAUGGCAACCAUCUAACUGGCCCAUUGCCUGAAGAGAUAGGUUUUCUUCCUAAUUUGGACAGGAUACAAAUAGACCAAAAUAUGAUUACUGGACCCAUACCAACAUCAUUUGCAAACUUGAACAACACUAAGCACUUCCAUAUGAAUAAUAACUCUCUAAGUGGGCAAAUUCCAGCUGAACUUUCCAGAUUGCCAAAACUUGUGCACUUGCUAUUGGACAACAAUAACUUGUCUGGAAGCCUUCCACCUGAGCUUUAUUUGUUGCCAAGCUUGCUUAUUCUCCAGUUGGAUAACAACCAGUUUACUGGUGCGAUUCCAGCCUCCUACAGUAAGAUGUCAAAAUUGCUAAAAUUGAGCCUUAGAAACUGCAGCUUGGAAGGACUUGUUCCUGAUUUGAGCAGCAUAACAGGACUUGGUUAUUUGGAUCUUAGCCAGAACCAUCUUACGGGAGUAAUUCCAACAAACAAGCUGUCUGCUAAUAUCACUACAAUUGAUUUGUCAAACAACAAACUUGUUGGUACUAUUCCUCAAAAUUUUUCUGCGCUCCCACAUCUCCAAAGAUUAUCUUUGGAAAAUAAUCAGUUGAAUGGGUCUGUUCUAGCUACAAUUUGGGAGAACAGAACUUUUGGUUCUAAGGAUCGGCUCAUAGUAGAUUUGCAAAAUAACAACUUCUCAAAUAUUUCCAGUAUUUUGAACCCUCCUACCAAUGUGAGUGUAAGGCUUCAAGGAAAUCCUUUGUGUUCAAGUGCCAACCAGCUCAAGGUCACACAGUUUUGUGGACCCCAACCUGAUGACAAUAUGGAAUCUUCUGGAGGCACAUCUAACUCCACAAAUGUUUGUCUAGUCCAGUCCUGUCCAGCUCAAUUCUAUGAAUAUGUUCCAUCAUCACUUGUUACAUGUUUCUGUGCUGCUCCUAUUAAAGUUGGAUAUCGUUUAAAAAGCCCUGGCAUCUCUGUAUUUCCACCAUAUGUCUCAAUCUUUCGUAUUUAUCUCACGUCUAGCCUUGAUUUGGAUCUUGAUCAAUUGAAUGUUUACUCCUUCAUAUGGGAGGAAGGUCCAAGGCUGAAGAUGUACUUGAAACUUUUUCCUAUGAUAAAAGAUAGCCACAGCAAUCAAACCUUCAAUCUGAGUGAGAUCCUACGGCUUAGGGACAUGUUUACUUCAUGGGCUAUGAAGGACAGUCCUGUGUUUGGUCCAUAUGAAUUGCUCAACUUCACUCUUGAAGGACCAUAUGAAUAUGUGAAUACUAUCAUCGGCUCCCAAAGCACCGGAAUGAGCAAGGGAGUUUUGGUUGCAAUCAUCCUGGCAGCAACUGCUGCUCUAGUGGCAGUUUCUUGUCUUAUUGUCGUCUUAUUCUUAAGAAGGCAUGUUAAAGAAUACAGUAAAAUUAGCAGGAAGCGUCUAGUUUCUAAUAUCCCUAUCAAAGUCGAUGGUGUCAAAGACUUUACCUUUGGAGAGAUGGCAUUAGCUACUAAUGAUUUCAGCAAUUUAGCAAUAGUUGGGGAAGGAGGUUACGGGAAGGUCUACAAAGGCGUGUUGGUUGAUGGGUCAGCUGUUGCUAUUAAGCGUGCUCAGGAAGGAUCUCUACAAGGACAAAGAGAGUUUUUUACAGAAAUAGAGUUGCUGUCGCGGUUACAUCAUCGAAACCUGGUGUCUCUUAUAGGAUACUGCAAUGAAGAAGGUGAACAGAUGUUGGUGUAUGAGUUCAUGCCAAAUGGCAGUCUGCGUGAGCAUUUGUCAGCUAAAGCGAAAGAUCCUCCUGAUUUUGGCAUGAGACUGCGUAUUGCACUAGGUGCUGCUCGGGGCAUUCAGUAUCUGCACAAUGAAGCAAAUCCACCAAUAUUCCAUCGUGAUAUUAAAGCCAGUAAUAUAUUAUUGGACUCCAAGUUCAUUGCCAAGGUUGCUGAUUUUGGGCUCUCGAAGCUUGCACCUGUGCCAGAAGUAGAGGGAAGUGAACCAGGCCAUGUGUCUACUGUGGUGAAAGGCACUCCAGGUUACCUUGAUCCUGAGUACUUCUUGACACACAAAUUGACAGACAAAAGCGAUGUAUACAGCCUUGGGGUUGUGUUUUUUGAACUCCUCACGGGGAUGCAUCCUAUUUCACAUGGCAAAAACAUUGUCCGUGAGGUGAAUCAUGCAUACCAAGCUGGGCUUCUACUCUCCGUAUUAGAUAGUCGGCUGGGUCCAUAUCCGUUUGAAUGCCUUGAACAGUUUGCAGAGUUGGCGAUGAGAUGCUGUCAGGACGAGACAGACAUACGCCCAUCUAUUUCUGAGGUAGUUCGGGAGCUAGAAAACAUUUGGCGAAAGAUGCCAGAUUCUGUGUACACAACUUCAGAGUCUGCAGAAACUGAAAUUGAAACGGUCGGGAGCCUGGGUUCAUCAUCAGUUGCAACAACCAAGGACGUUUCUGUGUCCUUCGGUAUUUCUGGCGGUGACUUACACAGUGGUGCCGUGCCCGACCUUGCUCCACGUUAAGGUGUUCUGAACUUUAUACUUAUUGAACAAGAUGGAAACCUACUGGAGGUUCAUGCAAAUCUCCUCCGACGUUCCAUUGUUUAUUCUUUGGGACAAUUCGAUUAUCGUGGUUACGUUGUAACUUGCAUAUUCUUAGCCGUGCUUCUACAGUGUAGAUGGGUUCAGUAAGAAGUCGCAUUGGUAAAAUGCGUCGCUUAAUUCAGGUGAUGUAUGAGGUCUUCUUUUUAUUUGAAGCAUUUUUAUGUAUGA